CUACAUCGCCCAUUUCAAUCAUGAUGCACACGAAGCACCUCACUGCCUUAGUCAUUCUUUGUUCCUUCAUAGAGUAUGCGCAGAACAUCUGCGGUAUGCUCGCACACGGGCAUCAACAGGGCCUCUACUACAGUACUUUGGCUCUUGGACAUAUCUUAUUUCUACCUUUUGGUGUAACGGUCAUGAGGCGCGGCAGCCGACUACUUUACAAUAUCUCGAGGUUGCGUACGCAGUUUGGCAACGUAGAGUGACUUGUCAUUGCUAAACUACGCGCGCAACUUGAACCUUGUCAGACCACUUGCGACGUGUCAUUUGUCAAUGGAACAUCAGGAUGACACGGUGCGAUAUCUGAGUGCGACCCACUCGCGCUCGGAGCCUUGUCUGGGACGGCAAGCAAGCUCUCCGUGAUUCUUUUGCUUUCGGUGCGAAGUUGAUUUGGGGCGGGUAGAAUAAUAUUAACUGUAGAAUGUAUUUCAUUCCUUUGUAUUGGG